CCUACUGAAAAAAAGCAUUUCCCGUUACACUAAGAGUAUACGGCCAGUCCACGUGUAAAGUAAUGGGUGAUCCUAAGAAGUGUUUAGAGGCUAGUCUCUCCUCUUUACUGGAGGAUAUACAGUCCUACCGCUCUAUACUGGUGGGGGAGAAGGAUCCAGAGAUAUCUGAUGAGGCCAUUGUGACUGCUACUAGAGAGUUGGAUGUUAUUCGUCAGAAUAUUAAGGAUACAAUGAAACCAUUAUUGGGGAAAGGAGGAGGAGAAGGAGAGAUAGAUGAUGCUGGGGAAAUGGAUUCGUCUAAUUUGCCUCUCCCAUCAGUACCAGAUUCAUCAAUCAUCCUGUCACCUCUCGUUACCAUAGAAACAGAUCCCUCCCACCACAUACCCACAAUAACCACACCUCAAGAACACCUGAAGGACUCCACAGGAGCCAGAGGAGGAGAGGGACAGGACGAGGGUAUUGAUGAUGAUGAGGAUAUUGAUGAUUGGGACGACUGUGGAUUAGAGGAGAUGCUUCAAAAUGAGGAAGCGUCUAAACUGUUUGACAGCAUAUGCUUAGAACAGGAGACCCACCAGACUAACAGGAGCAGCACAGACACUGACGGUCAGUGGAUUGGAGAGGAGACUGACUGUAUGAUAAUAGACAAUGAAGGAGGAUCAAUGUCUACUGGUGGAGAUGAUCAAUAUACUGAUAUUCCUCCUCCUACAAAGGAUCAUGUUGAUAAACUGAAGGAAUCGUUUGGUCACUCGAAUUUUAAACCUGAGCAGUGGAGGAUCAUACACUCUAUACUGAAGGACAGGAGGGACACUUGUGCUGUCAUGGCAACAGGUCAGUCAACUAGUAGUAAUUACAUGUACUGUAUACAGUAA